CCCAGUGUCAGUGCGAAACAUUCACAUUCGUAGAUCGUGACGAAGAAUCGUUCCAAAAGCCAGUGUUCUGCGCAAAUUAUAAUCAGCAAGAUGGCAGCUAGUCAGUACUAUCACAUACAGUGCACACCCACCGUGUAUCCGGCUGAUCCUUUCGAUGCCGAAGCAGAUGCCAAUUUAUUACGAUCUGCAAUGAAGGGUUUCGGGACUGAUGAGCAGGCCGUAUUGGACGUCUUGGCUCAUCGCGGUAUCGUACAGCGACUAGAAAUUGCCGACAAAUUUAAGACAAUGUACGGCAAGGACCUCAUUUCCGAGUUGAAGUCAGAGUUGUCCGGAAACUUUGAAAAAGCCAUCGUGGGUCUAAUGACGCCUCUUCCCGAGUAUUACGCCAAGGAGUUGCAUGAUGCUAUUUCCGGCAUGGGCACCGACGAGGGUGCACUCAUCGAAGUCCUUGCAUCCCUGAGCAAUUAUGGUAUCAAGACGAUAUCGGCUGUUUAUAAGGACCUGUACGAUACAGAGCUGGAAGACGACCUCAAAAGCGAUACCUCUGGUUAUUUCAAGAGGCUUUUGGUAUCGUUGUCUUGCGCUAGUAGAGACGAGAGUCCAGACGUCGAUGAGGAGGCCGCACGUCAGGAUGCCGAGAGGCUUCAAGCUGCGGGUGAGGGACAGUGGGGCACCGACGAAAGCAUUUUCAACGCAAUUCUCAUUACUAAGAGUUUUCCUCAAUUGCGACGGAUCUUCAAAGAAUACGAGCACCUCACCGGAGACACCUUGAAACAUGCUAUCAAGCGAGAAUUCUCUGGUUCUGUCGAAGAUGGCUACUUAGCUGUGGUGAAAUGCGCCUCCGAUAAGACUGCUUAUUUCGCGGAAAGAUUGUACAAAGCUAUGCGCGGAAUGGGCACGAACGAUUCGACAUUGAUACGCAUUAUUGUGACACGAUCAGAGAUUGAUCUGGGCGACAUUAAGGAUGCCUAUGAGAGACUUUAUGGAAAAUCUCUUGCGGAAGCUAUCGACGACGACUGUUCAGGCGACUACAAGAGACUCUUGCUUACCCUUGUCGGAUGAAAAUAUUUCAAUCGUGCAACAGACGCUUUUGUUGAAAAUACUUUAAUGUCGCGGAGAUUAUAUAGCGCUUCAUUGUAUUCUGCAAAGAUUUUGAUUAUUGAAUUUAGUUUCUUACGUUUCGUUGGCUGUUAAUGGUGAAUAUGGUUUUACUCGAGUUAUAGAUGUUUUGCACUUGAUCGGAGUGAUGCUACAAUACGUGUGUAAAAUGAGUUACAAAAUAAUAUAGAAAAUCUGUACAUCAAAAUACUGUACAUGAGUCUCUGUGAAGAUCAAUUGAAAAUUGAUCUAUUGAUUGGCUAUUGUAUAUUAGUAAAUUAUAAUUAUUAAUUUAAACGCA